AUGAGAAUCGAUAGUCGCAUGGCGAAAUUGAAUCAGAUUUUACUGAAUCAAUUUGCUGAAGUUUUCUCCUUCAGGAUUAAAAUGUACGAUUUGGAAACAGAAAAACUCUACUCGGUGCUUUGGUACAAAGACAAUGAAGAGUUUUAUAAGUAUGUUAAUACGGAUAAAAGCCAACACAUUUAUCAAGUCGAUGGAAUCAAAGUUGACCAUCGGAAUUCAGAUGGACAGCGCGUGAUCCUCCAGCGGGUGAACUUGGACACCACUGGCGUGUACAAAUGCGAGGUGAGCGCGGAGGCUCCACACUUUGCAUCAACUUACGGGGAGGCGUACAUGGAGGUAGUCGUGAUGCCAUCCAAUACACCAAAGAUCACCGGGAAGGAGGCUUUCUAUGCCAGCGGUGACAUUUUGUCGCUCAAUUGCACCAGCGAGAAGUCCCAUCCUCCCGCUAAAAUCACGUGGUACAUCAACAAUGUUGAGGUCGAAGCCGACUCCACGAGGACAAUAAUUCAUCGAGAUCGAUUAGUGACAACGAUAUCGACUCUACGCCUUGAAUUAGGCCCGCACCAUCUCUCUAGCGGGGAGAGUAAAGUAAAAUGCAAAUCCAGGGUAGAAACGAGUGAAAGAGCCCGCGAAGCCCUGGUGGAUGAUCGCAUUACCGAAGUAGCAGUCCGUGGGAGCGGAAAUUUUAUCAGGCCGAGUCUGUCGCUGGUGUUGGUAGCAGUGAUAGUAUUACUGGAUCGGAUAGUGAGGAUGAAUUGA